GAUAGCAAAGAUGAUACGGUUUACUCUCCUCGCCGCUGUCGUUGCUCUCGCUGCGGGAGUGCCCUACGUGCCCCGUCUCGAUGGAGCCCUCCCCCGCCUGCCCAAAAUCGUGGGGGGAGUAGAGGCAUCUCCUGGCGAAUUCCCCCACCAGAUCUCCAUGCAAAGGAACAGCAUCUUCGGAAGGUCUCACUCCUGCGGUGGGUCGAUCUUCAAUGAGAAUUACAUCGUCACGGCUGGUCACUGCGUCCAUGGCCAGAGCGCCUCAAAGAUCUUCAUCGUAGCUGGAGAAUACGACCUCUCGGUUGCCUCCGGAGACGAGCAGGAGAGCGCCGCCGAGGCCCUCAUCGAACACGAACACUACGACAGCAACACCAUCACCAACGACAUCGCCCUCAUCAAGCUCGCCACGCCCUUCGUCAUGAACAGCAUGGUGCAGCCCAUCGAGCUCCCGGCACAGGGCGAAUUCGUGGCGGCUGGGGAGUUGUGCACCACCACAGGCUGGGGCACGACUGUAGAAGGGGGGUUCAUUCCCGAUAUUCUGAGGAAGGUGGACGUCCCUGUCGUAGACGACGACACCUGCAGGCAGUCCUAUGGCGUGACGGAGAUCGCCGACUCUAUGCUGUGCGCAGGGCUCCCAGAAGGAGGUAAGGAUGCCUGCCAGGGUGACUCAGGAGGACCUUUCGUGUGCGGCGGGAAGCUUCACGGACUCACGUCUUGGGGGUAUGGCUGUGCUCGCCCCAACUACCCCGGAAUAUACACCGAAGUGGCGUACUACAGGGACUGGGUUGAUGCCCACGCUGUUUAAGGCUUGAGAGAAUUUUGCGCAUAGAAGUUCUAAGGAAGUUCGCUGGCCUUUCUGAGUGAAGCUCAGAGGAAAGAAGUUCGGGUGAAGUUGUCUGUUAAGAGGAAAGUUCGGAAGUAGACUUUUUCUGGUAAAUUUAUCGUUUCAAGAGAGAAUUUAACUAAAGGAAAUUUAAUCAUGUUAUUGUUUUUUUUUUUGUUUUUUUGUAACUAUUUUUUUUUUUAUAACAGAUUUUGUAAUACAAGCUGUCAUUUUUUUUCCCAAGAUGUUUAAGCAAUAAAAUCUGCUAACUCA